AUGAGCAAUGUGGCCCAGGCGGAUGGCACAGGGCUGUGCUGCGCGCUCUUAGCGACGGGAUACCUAUGGCUAUCUGGGCUGCGCGGGUGCUCGGCAGUGCAGCGGGCAGAUUGCGCCGGUGUUCCAGGGCUGGACAGGUACGCGUGCCCAGACUGCGCACCUUUUGUCUGGGCAAUUUGGCCAGGCUACGCGGGUGGUCAGCGAUGCACUGGAUGGUUGUUAGGGGCUCCGGGCAGAGCUGCUUGGGUAGCUACCUACGCUGCGCGAGUUCACCACGGCGCACCUCCCAUGCCUUUCCAGGUUCCAUUCCGCCCCAAUGCCCGUACAAACUGCGGGCGCCAGGGGUCAUCGGCGGCCCGAUCGACAUACCCAUGCUCCUGA